UCGGCAUGGCGGAGCAGUCGGACCCCGAAGAUGCCGCGUCAGAGAGAGAUAUCUACAUGCGCUUCAUGAAAUGUCACAAAUGUUACGACAUAAUUCCCACCAGCUCCAAACUGGUGGUUUUCGACACCACUCUGCAGGUGAAGAAGGCGUUCUUUGCUCUGGUGGCCAACGGAGUGAGAGCUGCUCCACUGUGGGAGAGCAAGAAACAGAGCUUUGUAGGAAUGCUGACGAUCACAGACUUCAUCAACAUCUUAACCAGAUACUACAAAUCCCCCAUGGUUCAGAUCUACGAGCUGGAGGAACACAAGAUCGAGACAUGGAGAGAGCUGUACCUGCAAGAGACCUUCAAACCUCUGGUCCACAUCUCACCUGAAACCAGUAUCUUGGAGGCGGUGUCCUCUCUGAUCCAGAAUAAGAUCCACCGUCUGCCGGUCAUCGACCCGAUCAGCGGGAACGCUCUUUACAUCCUGACUCACAAGAGGAUCCUCAAGUUCCUGCAGCUGUUUGUGUGUGAGAUGCCGAUGCCGGCCUUCAUGCGCUGCUCUCUGGAGGAUCUGAGCGUUGGAACGUACUCCAACAUCGCGUUCGUGCACCCCGACACGCCUCUCAUCACGGCGCUCUGCGUCUUCACCCGCCGCCGCGUCUCCGCCCUGCCCGUUGUCGACCACAACGGGCGAGUGGUCGACAUCUACUCCAAGUUUGACGUCAUUAACCUGGCAGCAGAGAAGACGUACAACAACCUGGACGUCACGGUGACUCAGGCGCUUCGCCAUCGAUCGCAAUACUUUGAAGGCGUCAUGAAAUGUAACAAAAGAGAAACACUGGAGACCAUCGUGGACCGUAUCGUGAAAGCAGAGGUCCACAGGUUGGUGGUGGUCGAUGAAGAGUCUCGUAUUGUCGGCAUCGUCUCUCUGUCAGACAUCCUGCAGGCGCUGGUGCUCAUCCCCACAGGGUCAGGGAGGAAGGAGUCUCUCCCCCCUCAACCUGACACCUGCCAGCAGGGGGAGACAGAGGAGGAAGGAAAGGGGGAGACAGAGGAGGAAGGAAAGGGGGAGACAGAGGAGGGAGGAAAGGGGGAGACAGAGGAGACAGAGGAGGAAGAGGAAUGA